AUGGCCUACGUAUCGCCGGAUUUGUUGGACUGUUCCAUUUGUAGUUCGAGGUUUGAUGAUCCCUGUGCACUACCCUGUAUGCACACUUUUUGCCGAAAGUGUAUAACCGAUUGGCUACGUAAGAGGGCGGAAUGUCCUAUUUGUCGUCUAUCAUGUUCUCUUGCGGAUUUGAAGAAAUCAUUUACACUUGAUGAUAUUGUAGCCAGUGCACAAACUGAUUCCAGCAGCUUCUGUGGCGAUUGUAGAUUGUCGGCAGUUCUUGCCAAAUGCGAUCACUGCUCUAGGUCUAUUUGUUCCAAUUGCCAGACGAAGCAUACCGCCCAGGUUCGGGAGGAAGUUCGUCGGUUAUGUGACGAAUUGAUAAGUGUAACAACGCCGGAAUUAGAAAAGCAUAAUGAAUCAAUUGUAAUAUUAAUGUCCGAGGCUAGUAGUGCCAAGGAGAAUCUUAUUAGAGAAUUGCGGGCAGCUCACGAACUGCUCGUUACGCAGAUAUAUAACUUGCGUGAGAAAAGCUUAGCGAUGCUGAAUAAAGUGGAACAGAUGUCGAAUCCCAAUCUAAAUGCUCAAAUCGAGGACAUCGAUUCCCUCAUAGCGAGGAUAGAGACGUUUUCUACAGCGUCCACGGAAAUUAUUGAAAAGGGGGAUUUAAAGGAACUAGUCCAAUUGGACAAGGAAAUAACUCAACUUCAAAAAGAUAUUGAGGAAUUUCAAUCGCGCGAAAAAAGUGGCAACUCUAGUCAAAGUGAAAUAUCGUUGAGAAAUCUAAGAAUAAACCCGGCGUACAAAUUUAUUGCCAACGUUAUCGAAGAAACAGACAUGCUUAAGAAAAUAGAAACGUAA